GCAGUGCAGUGUGGUUACUGAUAGACUGACCUGUGAGCUCGUUAGUGCGCACACGCACACACACACACACACACGCUGCCUGACACUCUGAAGACACGGAAGAGAUGGACGAGAUAGACGUCAUGUUCGAGGAUCUCAUCGGGGAGAUGGAUCAUCUUUCUCAGAGCAUCGCGGCUUCAGAUGGACCAGCAGAGGGGCGUCCGCAGGGGGAGACCGCCUUCUCCGUCGGCUUCACAGACCUCAGCGAUUCCCUUCAUAAGCUGGAGGAUGACGACCUGGAUGCUCUUGUGGCUAAUCUGGGAUCAAAGGCUCCCCAGGAAGACCCUCCCUGUCGUGAUCAGAGCAGCCGUCCUCAUCUAACCGCCAUAAAGGAGGAAUCCCGGCCAGAAGCCGUCCUUCCUCCACCACCAGACUCCUCCUCCUCAUCCAGAGGAAGCGACAAGAGGGAACCCCAAACGAAGGCCGAUAAAAUCCGAGUGGCUCUGGAGAAGCUGAAGGAGGCCAAAGUGAGAAAGAUGAUCAUCAAGGUGCUGAUGGCCGACGGGAGCUCCAAGAUCCUGAUGGUGGACGAGAGACAGACGGUGGGGGACGUGAUGGACAUGCUGUUCCAGAAGACGUUCUGUGACGGCAGCAUCGACUGGAGCCUGUGUGAGACCAACCCCGAGCUGCAGACCGAAAGAGGCUUCGAGGACCACGAGUACCUGGUGGAGCCGCUGUCUGUGUGGAGCCGCCAGAGCCGGAACACAGUCUGCUUCCUGUCCAGACCCCACAAGUACGUGAUGUUCACCGAACCUCAGCUUUUUUACAUGUGGAAAAAGAAGGAGUCGAGCCGGAGUGAGAUCAACCAGCAGGCCAAGCAGCUCCUGAUCCAGGAGAAUUUUGAAGGCUCGACUGUGAUAGUUCCUGACCUGGAUGGGAUCCUGUACCUGAAGGAGGACGGGAAGAAGGUCUGGAAACCUCGCCACUUUGUGCUCAGGGCGUCGGGGAUCUACUAUGUACCCAAAGGAAAAACAAAGUCGUGCAGCGAUCUCGCCUGCUUCGUUCGAUUUGAAAACGUCAACAUCUACAUCGCCCACAAGUACAAGCAGAAGUACCGAGCUCCCACCGACUUCUGCUUCAUCCUGAAGCAUCCCUGCAUCCAGAAGGAGUCUCACUACAUCAAGUUCCUGUGCUGCGACGGGAAACACUCGCUGCUGCUGUGGGCCAAUUCCAUCCGGAUCGCCAAGUACGGCGCUGCCCUCUACAGGAGCUACCAGGCUGCACUGAAGAGAGCAUCCUCUCAGGAGACUUCUCACGUUUCUGCAGAGGCGUCGCCUCCCGGCAGCUCAGCUGAAGACUUCCCGUACGAGGAGCCGCCGGACUUCAUCCCUCCUCCUCCUCCUCCUCCUCCUGAAGGAGCCGCUGAAGACUGAGACAGACAUUCAGCUCGGAUUGAAUCGGUUCAGUCCAUCACGACGCAAACGUGGAUGAUUCAGGAGAAAAUAAAAGGACUGUUAGCAAACGAAAGCCGCAGUCGUUUUGUUUCGUUGAGUUUAUUACAAAAAGACUGUACAUAAAUUUCAAUGAUCACAUCCUAUGUACAAACAGAGGAAAAGACAAACAUCCCGUUCUGUUCCCAUGAACACUUAAGUUACUGAUGUUCUGCUGUUUUUUUUUUUUUAAUUCCACAUUUGAUCAUAAGAAAACACAUCAAAGAAGGGCGUCCUGACCUGUGACGCCC